GUGUGGACCCAUUCAUCCACACACUCCCACACCAGAGCACUCGGUCCACUCUGCAUACAGCUCUCGUUGCAGCAAGAAGGCUCCCAAGAGUUUCACACAACGAUGGAAGAAAUUCCUGAAGCAUUUAAAACAAUCCGACGGACACCUGGCUUGCAGAUAUGGACUGUGAAUAAAAUGCAAAUGGUUCCUGUCCCAGAACAGGCCUAUGGAAACUUCUUUGAAGGCGAUUGCUACAUCGUGCUCUAUACAACUCUAAACUCUACUGGUCAAAUGGACAUCCAUUACUGGAUUGGAAAUACCUCCUCCCAAGAUGAGCAGGGGGCAGCUGCCAUUUAUGUCACACAAAUGGAUGAGUUCCUAGGUGGCAAACCCAUCCAGCACAGAGAAGUACAGGGUUGUGAGUCCCCCAAGUUCCAGAGCUAUUUCAAGAGUGGCAUGGUUUACAAGAAGGGUGGCGUGGAAUCCGGAUUCCGACAUGUCGACACGAAUGUAUACAACAUUUUGCGGCUGCUCCACAUCAAAGGAAUGAAGAACAUAACAGCCACUGAGGUGAAUGUUUCCUGGAAUAGCUUCAACAAAGGGGAUAUAUUUCUGUUGGACAUGGGGAAGGUGAUUAUUCAGUGGAAUGGCCCUGAGAGCAACAGAAGGGAGAAACUCAAGGCGGUGCUGCUGGCCAAUGACAUCCGGGACCGUGAGCGCGGCGGAAGAGCCCAGAUUGCAGUAGUGGAAGGAGGCUGUGAAGGAGACUCCCCAGAGCUGAUGAAGAUCAUGGAGACAGUCCUGGGGAAGCGGGAAGGCCCGCUGAAGGAAGCCAUCCCUGAUGACAGGCCUGACCUUUAUCAGACCUCCAACAUCAGGCUUUACCAGGUUUCCGAUGCCAGUGGCAGCCUUGUUGUCCAAGAGGUGGCCACCCAGCCUCUAACUCAGGAUCUUCUCCAUUCCUCAGACUGCUAUAUUGUGGACCAGGGUGGGGUCAGUAUUUCAGUGUGGAAGGGGAAGGAUGCCUCCCCGGAGGAGAGGCGCUCAGCGCUGUCAAGGGCAGUGGGUUUUAUCAAAGCAAAAAACUACCCCUCCAGCACUCAUGUGGAGGUGAUGUGUGAAGGUGGGGAAUCAGCUAUGUUUAAACAGCUCUUCAAAACCUGGAAGGAGAAAGGUCAAACUCGGGGCCUUGGCAGCACAUACUCAGUUGGAAAGACUGCCAAGGUGGACCAGAUCAAGUUUGAUGUGAUGCAACUUCAUGCCUGCCCUGAACUUGCUGCCCAGGAGCGUAUGGUGGAUGACGCCUCCGGGGAAGUGCAGGUGUGGCGAAUUGAAAACCUUGAGCUCCAAGAAGUGCCCCAAAACACACAUGGUCAGUUCUAUGGAGGGGACUGCUACUUGGUGCUGUAUACCUACAUGAAGUCCAAUAAGCAGCAGUACAUCCUUUACAUGUGGCUGGGACGCCAUGCCACCCAAGAUGAGAUCACUGCAUGUGCCUAUCAGGCUGUUAAUGUGGACAACAAGUACAACGGAGCACCUGUCCAGGUCAGGGUGACCAUGGGCAAGGAACCCCGCCACUUCCUUGCAAUUUUCAAGGGCAAACUCAUCAUCUAUGAGGGCGGAACUGGGCGAGCUGGGGUGGUGAACCCUGACCCUGGAGUGAGGCUCUUCCAGGUACGAGGGGAGCAGGAGUGGAACACCAAGGCCACGGAGGUCCCAGCCCGUGCUUCCUCCCUCAACAGUAAUGAUGUCUUCCUGCUGAAAACUGAACAGAUGUGCUACCUGUGGUAUGGCAAGGGCUGCAGUGGGGAUGAGAGGGAAAUGGGAAAAGCUAUGGCAGACCUUCUUUCCAAGCAGGACAAACAGACGGUGAUGGAAAGCCAGGAGCCAGCUGAGUUCUGGGUAGCACUGGGAGGAAAGGCACCAUAUGCCAGCAACAAGAGACUUCAGCAGGAGAAGCCCCUCCACCAGCCCCGACUGUUUGAGUGCUCCAACCAGACAGGCCGCUUUUUGAUGACAGAGAUAGACGAGUUCACACAAGAGGAUUUGGAUGAGGAUGAUGUCAUGCUGCUUGACACUUGGGAUGAGAUCUUCCUGUGGAUUGGCAGGUCAGCCAAUGAUUACGAGACCAAUGAGGCACAUACCAGUGCAGUGGAAUAUCUGAAUACCCAUCCAGCAGGCAGGGAUCCUGGGACACCCAUAAUCACAGUCAAGCAGGGUUUUGAGCCACCGACCUUUACUGGCUGGUUCAAUGCAUGGGACCCUCAUAAGUGGAGUAAUGGAUAUUCAUAUGAAGAAAUGAAGAAUAAACUUGGAGCUGUUGCAUCCAUCUCAAAUAUUACCAUUAGCCUUAACAACACAGAUCUGAACCAGAAGAAUGGGGGCUUUGCACAGAUGAACAACAUCUCUGGUGGCCAAGUCAGUUUCCCACCAUUUUACAAAUCCAAAGCAGCAAACCCCUCUCCGAGCAACAGUCCUGGUCCUGCUGUGGCUCCCAGCUCUCCAACGUGUAAGAAGGCCACAGGCAUCCCAGCUGAGCUGCUGAUCAACAAGGGUCCAGGGGAGCUACCUAAUGAGGUGGACCCUGGAAAAAAAGAGGAGUACCUUUCAGACGCAGAUUUUGAACUGCUACUAGGGUCUUCCAGGACAGAUUUCAACCGGCUACCAAAAUGGCGUCAAAAUCAUUUGAAGAAGGAGGCAGGGCUUUUCUAAGCAGGAAGACCCAUCAUCUUUCAGUUGACACAAAAAAUUACUUUCACAUCAGCAUUUAACAACCAUAGCACUGGAGGUGAAGGAAAAUGCUAACAUGCAUUAAAAAAAUGUUGGCAAAGUUAUAAAGAAAGGAGAACCCCACAGGUAAUCUGAAUCUCUUGUUACCAACAGGAUGUUUAUUUUCCUAAAAUACAGUUUAUAGCAGUAACUAACAAUACUGAAGCAACGAUUUUAAUAAAAAUUUCAAUCUCAAAUUUUCAUGUUGCAAAAAAAAUCUUAUAAAUUCUUAUUCUCUCUUUUUUCCAAAAUGUCCUGUUUUUAAACCUCAAGCUUACACAACAUUCUUAAAAAUACUUGACAACACAGCUGCCUUACAGCCUUAUCCUGGUACAACUAUACCUGUUGUAUAUUAAAGGCACUUCAUGUAUUCUUUUUUUUCAAAAUAAAAUAAAGAAAACCGAUGGUGGUACAGCCAGCGAAUUAGCAUUCCAAUAGAUUUUGCCCAUUUAAGUUUCUUUGCCUAAAUGUUAAGGGCAACGGGUAGUGUACUGGUUAGCGCUAUGGACUUUUGACCCAAAGGUCACAGGUUUGAUUCCCAGCUCUGA